CAUCAUCCUCCUCAUCUUCAGCGCAUCCUCAAGUGCGCUCCCGGAGCUCGAGGCGCGUUUUCUCUCCGGUUGCGCGGAUUAUGGCUCGGACCGGGUUCGGUGUCGUUCUGCUGUUUCUGUGUGUUUCCGCUCGGGUUCUGCCGGUGUUCUCUCAGCGUCACCCGGGAUCGAGAGCGCGGCCGCGAUUGGUGAAUAGGGGGCGCUCGGUGAGCUCCGGGUCUCAGCACGUGACACCGGGACGAAGAGCCCCGGUGGCCGUGAUCACAGCCCGGCGGAACACCAGCACGAGCUCCAGUAACGGGAUGGUGUCCGAUGACCCCUACGACCCCUACAAGUCCGUCAGGAACAGUCCCUAUGACCCAUACUACAACCACUACGACUCGUACAGACCCAGAUCGAGGAGCACACCGAGACACCCCGGACACGGAACCAGAUACUUCCAGAACGGUCUGCCGGAUCUGGUGGUGGACCCCUACAUGAUCCAGGUGUCCACGUAUGUCCAGAGAGUGCCCAUGUACAGCCUCCGGUGCGCGGCCGAGGAGAACUGUCUUGCCAGUUCUGCUGCAAACGCACGAGAUUACGACACCAGGGUUCUGCUGAGGUUCCCGCAGCGCGUGAAGAACCAAGGAACCGCAGACUUUCUUCCCAGCAGACCGAGAUACGCCUGGGAAUGGCACAGCUGUCACAAUCACUAUCACAGCAUGAAUGAGUUCUGUCAUUACGACCUGCUGGACUCCAGCACACAGCAGCGCGUCGCCGAGGGUCAUAAAGCCAGCUUCUGUCUGGAGGACACGUCCUGUGACCCCGGAUACUACCGCCGCUACGCAUGCACGUCUCACACACAGGGUUUGAGUCCCGGAUGUUACGACACCUACAGCGCAGACAUCGACUGUCAGUGGAUCGAUAUCACAGACGUCCAGCCGGGACGCUACACGCUGAAGAUUACAGCGAACCCAGGCUUCCAGGUGCCAGAGUCAGACUUCAGUAAUAAUGUAGUUCGCUGUGACAUUGACUACACCGGAAACGCCGCGCACGCAUCCGGCUGCAGCGUGACGCCACACUAGGACUCGAGAGAACCCAGGAGCAGUGAACAUCACCACGAUCGCAGACCGGCUGUGUUUACUGUGCAGAAUUAUGACAGGAACCCAUCUGAACAGAUGCAUCGACCCAGCUAACAAACACACGUUUCCCAACAUUCCCUUUCAAUUAUGAAAACAUUAUUUCAGAGUGUUUUUAAUCAUUCAAAAGAGCGCUUCGUCUCGUUUUUGUGAACAUUAGUGAAACGUUCCAUUCUAACACUUUAAAAACAGUUUGAGAAUGUUACAUUUGAAUGUUCUUUCAUCAUCAAAAUCACCCAUUUUUUUUAAAGAAUGUUUUUUUUCUUGCUUAUUCAAACACUUUACUAAAAAAAAGUUAUUGAAGGUUAUUUUAGGAAUGAUCUGUCCUAACAUUUCUGUAACUUUUAAAAACAUUCUGAGAACUUUCUCUGUUAGCUGGGUCAUUUUAUCUUAAUUAGUGUAAAAUAAUGAGCAAACUCCAUCCAGUCGUAGAUGUAGUGUUUUUGUCUUGUUUUCUUUUUUAAGAGUCUGUGUUUGCAACUUUAUAUCUGUUAAUCGUAAUGUUUCUACAAAUAGUUAGAUUUAGUUUUAAUGAUGUGUGCAAAAGAAAAAAAGAAAAAAAAGAAUGCUUACUAAGAGGCUUUUUCAGAUUUAUGUUUAGACAUAUUUAUAUUUUCAGCCUCUUAAAGAGCUAGUGAUAUUAGGAGUCACUGUAGAUUAGGAGACAAACUUCAAUAAACAGAUGAGAAUA